CCCUGGAGGAACCUCAUUUUAGAAAUUGCUAGCGAGCAACAUUUGCUGCACGAAAACUAUUCUUUCACAACACCUAACAGAGGGAAACAAGUCUUUUCAGUGUUUAAAGGCGUCAGCGUUUUCAUUUAACAUCUGAGCCACAUGACCACAAGUCUAUCAGUCAUGUGAAUGCUGCCCAUAUGACACGCAGCGUUUCCCCUUCAGCUGAACACAGACGCUCGGUAUAAUCAUUAGAAAACUGCAUUCGCGCGCACACAUGCACUUAAAACCUUGCAAGUCCGUUGAAUGCAGUACACUUCGAUGGAAUAAUGCAUCCAGACUGUGUUUUCGACAGCCUAAUCUUUCAUACGAAGUCAAACAAUGGCAAACAAGUACUCUAAAAGACACACGAAACGCAGCGCACUGGGAAAUGAAAGUGAGCAAGCAUCCCUUGCACUGACUGUAGAGAAGCAUCAAAGACGAGGCCAAGAGGAGGUGGUCUCUAGGUCAGCAUGGCAGGGCUUCAGGAGGAAAGUGUGUCUGCUGGUGCCAUACAUGUGGCCCAGGGGAAGUGUGGGCUUGCAGGCUCUGGUGGUUCUGUGUGUCGGGCUGCUGGGACUUGAGCGGGUCAUCAAUGUGUUUGUACCCAUUUACAGCAGGAAUAUAGUGAACCAGCUAUCAGCGAUGGAGCGCUGGAGAUCCCUGGCCAUCACGGUCUGUGUUUACGUCCUCCUUAAGUUCUUGCAGGGCGGAGGGGUAGGGACAUCAGGGUUUGUCAGUAACUUGCGCAGCUUCCUGUGGACUUAUGUCCAGCAGUACACCAGCCGUGUGGUGCAGGUCCGUCUUUUCACGCACCUGCAUGACCUCUCUCUACGCUGGCACCUGGGCCGCCGCACCGGAGAUGUCCUGCGCAGCAUUGACCGUGGAACCUCCUCGGUCAACAACUUGUUAAGCUAUGUUGUGUUCAGCAUUGUACCCACUAUUGCUGACAUCAUUAUUGCCAUCAUCUAUUUCGUGACGUACUUCAGUGCCUGGUUCGGCCUCAUUGUUUUCAUUUGCAUGUUUCUCUACCUCACUAUCACAAUCAUUAUCACUGAAUGGAGGACCAAGUACAGGCGGGAAAUGAACACACAGGACAACAUUGCCAAGUCAAAAGCAGUAGACUCACUUCUCAACUUUGAAACUGUAAAGUACUAUAAUUCAGAGUGUUUUGAAGUCAGGCGCUUUGAGGAUGCUAUCCUGAAAUAUCAGGCAUGUGAAUGGAAGACCAAUGCUUCCUUGGCUCUCCUGAACCAAACUCAGAACCUGAUUAUUGGAUUGGGCCUGUUGGCCGGAUCCCUGCUUUGUGCAUACUAUGUUACAGUGGACAAGUUUCAAGUUGGUGACUAUGUUCUUUUUGGAACCUACAUUAUUCAGCUCUACACUCCACUCAACUGGUUUGGAACAUAUUAUAGAAUGAUCCAAAGUGCAUUUGUUGACAUGGAGAGCAUGUUUGAUCUGCUAACAGAGGAAAAAGAGGUAAAGGAUGAUGUGAAUGCAGGAGACCUGUUGUUCACAGAAGGAAGGGUUGAUUUCCAGAACGUGUGCUUUAGUUACAUUGCUGGGAAAGAAAUUCUCAGUGAAGUCUCAUUCACAGUGAUGCCUGGUCAGACAGUUGCACUGGUUGGUCCAUCCGGAUCAGGAAAAAGCACCAUCAUCCGUUUGCUUUUCCGUUUUUAUGACGUGCAGAGUGGCUGCAUCCUCAUCGAUGGUCAGGACAUCUCCAAGGUCAGCAAACAUGACAACCGAGACACUUACAGGGUAAAACAGAACUCUCUCCGAUCCUACAUUGGUGUAGUUCCUCAGGACACUGUUCUUUUCAAUGAUAACAUCCGUGAAAACAUUCGCUAUGGACGCAUCUCUGCAAGUGACCAAGAAGUAGAAGAGGCUGCAGUGGCUGCUGAUAUCCACCAUAAGAUACUAUCCUUUCCAGACGGAUAUGGGACUGAGGUGGGUGAAAGGGGUCUGAAGUUGAGCGGAGGGGAGAAACAGAGAGUGGCCAUCGCUCGCACAAUCCUAAAAUCCCCUCGCAUUAUUUUGCUUGAUGAAGCUACAUCUGCUUUGGACAGUCAAACAGAGCGUAACAUUCAGGCUUCUCUCGCUAAGGUGUGUGCCAACCACACCACUCUGGUCGUGGCACACAGGUUAUCCACCAUCAUCAAGGCCGAUCAGAUUCUGGUUCUUCAUGAUGGGCGGAUUGCAGAACAAGGAAGGCAUGAGGAGCUGCUGGCCAUGGGGGGACUGUACGCAGCCAUGUGGUUAAAACAGCAGCAGACCCCAGAGUCAGAGGCCUCUACAGAUGAACAGCCGCAGGAGCCACGAUGAUGAUGAAUGGUGAUGGGGGAAAUCAAUCAGGAUAAUGGUAAAAGAGUUCAUCUCAGACACGGGGGCACCAGACUGCACAAAAGUAAUAAACUACGAAGAGUGUUUCUCAGGGAAGGGUGUCAGGGUUAGCUCACCCUAAAAUGAAAAUUGUCCUCAUUUACUCAUUACCCUCAUUUUAUUCCAAAAUUUUUUGACUUUUUUUCUUCUGUGCUUUGAUUUUGAGUGUUGGCAACCAGUGGUUCCCAUUGACUUUUAUUGCGUGUACAUGAACACUUCUGUUACAUUGUUUUCUUUUUCUUUUUCUUACAUGUAACACUUUUGUUUACAUCUGUGUCCAUCACUGUAAACUGAGGAGAUGUGGAUGAAUCUCAGUACCUCAAUACAGAUGGGAAUUGUAGAUAACAUGUUCACUUGCUAAGGGUCAUGUUUCUUUCAUUAUAAUACCGGCACAAACAUUUUAGUCACAUUAUAUAUUGCAGUGUUCAUGUUACUCUGUAUUUACCAAAGUACACAGUAAAUCUAAUGAAUUACAUGUACUUUCCAAGUGCAUUAGGUUUUCUUUGAUGUUAUCUUUAUUAUUACAUUUCAGUAACAUGAAUUUGUAAAACACUGAUAUAGUAUUUCAAUUGAAGUAUGUUAACAUGUACACUGUUAAAUUUAGGGAUCCCAAUUUCAAAAAACCAUCAGACCUCUUUAUGCUGAGCUAAACAUUUUCAGCAAAGUGUGAAUGCUUCACCAAACCACAUUAACUAUUAUCCCCCUUCACAAUAAAUCUAUCACAUCUGUCCUCCACCUCCACAUUUAUAAUUUGAGAUCGGAACAUAGAAAAUACUCGUAUACAUUUAAACCAUUAUUUUAAUAUUAAUGACAUGCUGAACUUGAGAGGUGUUUGAUAUAUAUUCUUUUUUUUCUAGGUCUUUGAUUUCUAGUUUGAUUUUAAACAAUUUUGUAUUUUUGAAUUUGCUUAAUUGAACAAGGAAUUGAAUUCAUUUUAAAAGAUUAACUGAUGGAUAUUAAAGGGACUUGACAUGAACAACAGGAACAUUCAGGAAUAUUAGGGGGAAGAACAUCUGUAGGCUUUGGAUAUUCUUAAAAUGAUAAUGUGCUUUAUGAAGAACAGAUGCUGCCUUUCAUGGAAAUGUUAGGUGUUUUGUACCUUUUUUUUUUUAAAUGUGCACAAGUUGGUCAAAUACUUAAUAAAAAAAAAUAAAGUCCAUAAAUUAAUGCAA